AUGUUUCAUGACACAAUUAAGCUAUAUUCCAUUAUUUUCGUGGCCUUCCUGGAGCUCAUUUUCCUACAAACAGCAAAAGCGGAUAUUCCCGGAUGUCACUUCCUAGAAACUGUGAAUAUAACGUCUAGUCUGAGGCUACAAAACGGCUCCUAUAUGUACCAAGACAUCGAGAUUCCUGAAUAUUUGACUGGUCAAUAUGAUUACAUAACAACUGAGUUGGAUUAUAAUGAAACUGUGAAGAGCCACCUACGGGGAUGUGUGUGCCAACUUAAGCCAUGCAUAUGGAUCUGUUGUCGCUUUAAAGAUUGGGAUGAACCCAAUAGUAAAUGCACAGAUGGUCUGAUGGAGGAGUUGGCUAAAAUCAAUCCCUUCCUUAAUGUGACACUCAUCAAUGGAUCUGUGGUAGAAACGAAUUUGCUAAAGAAUUUUAUCGUGUUGAGAGAUCGACUGCGGUAUUUUGAUUUUUGGGAAAUAGAUAAGUACACAAUAUUCGAGGACGGCUCUAUACUGUUGAAUAUUACGCCCACGGUUAUCUUCAGGGGAUAUGACUGUCUCCAUCCAAAUCAGUUUAUUUCAGGCAACACAGAGUCCUUUAUGGCUGCCGUCCAUCAUAGAUUGUAUAAUGCGAUGCCACUGUUCAAGAACGCAGUAAAUAAAAAGCGUUACGUCAUGAUUUAUUUCUCCAUCGCCAAAUUCAGUUGGCUCUUGGCUUUGAGCCAUCAGUUGUGGAGAGGCUUUACAUCGGUCAAUCGAGUUGAGUCUGAAUAUAGCUUCGGGACCUACAGCAUCUUUGCCUGGGGAUCGGCAGCUAUCCUGACGGGAGUACCUUUCCUGAUUGAUCAGAUUUGGGAUAGCGAUCCCAACUCGAUGCAAUGGGUGUCCGGCAUUGUUGCCGAUAACUAUUUUCACUACAUUAUUGAAACUCCGUUGGAAAUACUAGUAGCAUUAAAUACAAUCCUUUUUAUGUUGACCAUUAUCAGCAUUAUACGAGUAAAACUCUCACUGAGGCACUUCUCUGACCAGGACGAGAGGGCAAGGAACCUGAACUCGCGAAUGCAAACGUAA